AUGGCGACGAUGCGGACUUAUUUGGAGACCGAGUGCGUUCCGCUGCGCAGGAAGAGGAUUGCAAGUCUGGUGGUUUGGAAUUCUACCCAUGCCAAGAAUAUAAGCUCAGAUCUUCAAGAAGCACUUGAAACUCAAGCGCAUGUUAAACUGGGCAACGGACGUCAAUUCUUCAAGGUGACUGGGGACGGAGGUGAAGGAUGGAAAUUCGCUAAUAUAAAUAAGACCGAAUACGAUGAAAUGUACCGUAAAUGUGUGCCGGUUCUUAUUGACUAG